GACCAUCCCUACUCCGGCUCCCCUCUAUCUGCUGACAUUUCUUUUAGAACCUCAGCCUCUAUAGAGAUUCUAGACACCCUUGCGUAAAAUGACAGAGUACGUGUAGUCUUUCUGCUCCUACUUCGAUUGAGCUGCCCUCGAUAGACUAUUGACAAUUUUGAUAUAGACCAGCGCGCCAGCAGUAUGGUGUUACACCGCCGAUAUCCGUUGCGACACCUACUGACAAGGAAGUUGAGCGCAAUCAAGCUCUUAUCGAAGAGUUGAAAAAGCAGGGCAGCUUCGAGGGAGCGGAAGAGAGUCAGAAGCGGUUUGUGCCUUCACUUUGAGCGCCAAUCAGUCUCAUUGGUUAAUUGGGGUUGUGUGUGUGUGUGAUAGUGUCAUGGUUCUGAAUACCCUACAGAAUCUUACCGAAAGCUUUGUGAAGAAAGUUUGUGCCAAUAAAGGCAUGCCCGAACACAUUAUUAAAAAUUCAGGGGGGAAGAUCUUCACUUAUGGGAGCUACCGCUUGGGUGUAUACGCGCCGGGUGAGUACUCGCAAUUUUAUUUUUUUAUACUCCUAGCGAUUCGCUCUUUGUGAGCUAAACAUUUCCACUUUGUCACAGGUUCUGAUAUCGAUACUCUUCUCGUUACUCCGGCGCACAUUACGCGGCAUGACUUCUUCGCAACCCUUCCUGCCAUGCUCCAGGAAUUGGUUCCCCCGCCGGAAGAUCUUUCAAUGGUUCCCGACGCCUUCGUCCCAAUUAUAAAAUUCAAAUUACAAUCCAUCUCUAUCGAUUUGAUCUUUGCGAGGCUUGCCAAUGUUAACUCGGUUCCGAAGGAUAUGGCGCUCAGUGACAAGGAGCUUCUAAGGGGGUGUGACGAAGUUAAUCUUCGCUGUUUAAAUGGCACUCGAGUAACUGACGAAAUAUUAACUCUUGUUCCUAAGCCCGGCGUCUUUAGGAUGGCUUUGAGGGGGAUAAAGCUCUGGGCACAACGUAAAUAUCGCUCUCCAGAAGCUGUUCCUUUGCUGACUUGGUGUUAAGGGCGUGCUAUCUAUGCCAAUGUUAUGGGAUUUCCUGGUGGUGUGGCUUGGGCUAUGCUUGUUGCUAGGAUCUGUCAACUUUACCCCAUGGCUGUUAGCUCAGUUGUCAUAAGCAAGUUCUUCAAGAUUUUGGCUAAUUGGACUUGGCCUCAACCAGUCCUUUUGAAGGGUAUUGAAGAUGGUCCACUGAGUGUUCGGGUUUGGAAUCCUAAGGUAAGCUAUAUUGGGUCGAAUCGGAGUGCCCUUAAAUGCUAAUGCGUCCAAGAUCUAUCCCUCGGAUCGCGGACACCUAAUGCCCAUCAUUACCCCGGCGUAUCCAAGUAUGUGCGCUACCCACAACAUAACCAAAUCCACCAAAUCAAUUAUCAUUCGAGAAAUGAAACACGCUGCUGAGAUCAUGGACGGAAUCAUGGUUGGAAACUUGAGCUGGGACAGGCUCUUUGAGCGACAUUCAUUCUUUACAAAUGGCUAUCGGUACUACUUGAGUGUAGUCGCUGCUGCUAAAGACAAAGAUACAUUACUUGGAUGGUAGGCUGUUUCCCCCAUUUUUUACCCUCAAGUGUCUCACUAUGGGUAGGUCCGGCCUUGUGGAGUCUAAGCUUCGUCACUUAGUCAUGAAGCUCGAAAUUCUUGAAACCAUCAAGCUUGCACACCCCUUCAACAAAGGAUUUGAUAACGUUCACUUUUGUGAGACCGAGGAGGAAGCUAUCCGUAUUGCUAACGGUGAGAUAAAAGCUAUUGAUAACCAAACGGGCGUCAAGACAGUAGUCACAGAUCUCAAAGCAGAGCAGAAUGGGAAUGCCGAGAGGAAAGAAGACGAAUCCAAGUUUAAAGUUUACACCACAACUUAUUAUGUUGGGUUGGAGAUUAACACCGGUAAUUACUUUUUAUUGUCCCAAAAUUCGUCUUUACUUACCCACCCAGAAAUUUCGAAGCACAUCGACAUAUCCUGGGCGAGUCAAGAGUUCUUCGAAACCUGUAAAACCUGGCCAUCCUAUAACGAGGAUGAACACUCUAUCCAUAUAAAUCUCACGCGCAAGUAAGCAUAUUCCAAGCUCUUUUUUUUUUCUUUUUCAUCUUGGAUUUGGGGACCAUCUCGACUUACGAGAUAUUGACAUCAGCUUUGAGCUCCCGGGAAACGUUUUCCAACCUGGCGAGACUAGGCCAGUGAAAAAAACCAAAAAGAAAAUCAUCAAGAGGAAGGCUGGCACUGCAAAUGGCGGGUCGGCCGCAAAAAAGAGAUCAGCGGAUGAGGUACGUAAGGGUUCUACAUGUUGUCCUAAACGGGAGGAGGUAAGGUGCAAAAAAGGGGCAAGAACACAAGAGGAACCCCACUGGCAGACUCCUAAUUAGCGCCAUCGGCGAGAAAAAAGAGUGUUCUGAGAGUAGUUGACCCCCUCAAGGCUACAGAAUAUGAAAAUUGUGUGAAAAAUGGAAGAAAAAAGCAUGAGAACAAAUGAAAGGAAAAGGAGGAACAAGAAAAAAAAAAGAUGAGAGAAAGAGGAAAAAAUCUCAGCAAAAAUGGAUCAGUUUGCAAAACCUCCUCCCCGACUAUGGACCAAGAGAUGAAUAGCAGUAAUGCUCUGAAUAGAGCAACGAAUUGGCUAAUUGCAUGUCACCACCCGAUUCAUGGCGGUUCCAUCUCAUAGGCUUCGAUCAACGAUGACACUAAACGUGCAAGGCAGACUUCUGUCCACCAACAACCUGCACAGGCAUAGUCCCUUCGGGGAUAUUUAGAGUGGGGCUAUCGUGCGAAUUACCUCUCCUUUCCUUCACCCUUCUCUCACAUCUGUUCCUGUACUUGGGCCAGGUUUUCUUCCAAAGUUGGCUCAAGAUAUUUCUGCGUGAUGAUCUAGAGUGCCCUGAGUGUCUAUGGGUUCACGGAUUCUGAUAAUUCUCUCUUACCGUUUAGAUGCGAUAGGUAUCGAUCCCCCGAACAAAAGCGUGUUCUCUCCUUUUUUUUUUCUCUUUCGCCUUUCAUUGCCCUUUUUUUUCACCCGGAUAUCAAUUGGGAUCUGUCACCUAAGCCUAUGGCUACAUUCGACUUCUACUCGCGCUCGCAUGUGUUGGGAUUUGUUUUGUGAUCAACGCACCCGAGUACUCAUUCAUGGUCGCUGGCCUGCUUCCCCUUCCUGCUUCUUUCAAAGGCCACUAACAAAAUCACAACCACCAUCACGAAAAAAAGCAACAUUUCUUGAUGGAAUGUCCCGUCCAACUGGGGGGGGUUUUUUUUUCUCUUCUACUCAUCACAGUGGAUUAAUCUAUGCCAACCGUACAUUGUUCUCCGGCAGCUGUUCAACAUUAAGGACCAACAACAUCCAUCUUUUCAGUUCCAUAGAAUUUUGAAUCGGAGAUGGAUUGAUCAGUACGGGACUAUAGGCAGCCACUAGAGGACUUAGCUGCGCAACUCAAAGAACGCUCUUAUGAUUUGGUAGUCUGCAUAAGGCUGGGAUUUUUACAUCUUGGAUUUUCUUUCGUGUAAUGCAUAGUCUAGCCUUCCGUUGUAUCGCAGCAACUAUUCUAAUGCCGUUGUUGUUCAUCCGCAGAGCUUUAAUUCCUUUUGUCACUUGGCUCAUUAGUAUAUCACUUGCUUGGGUGGUCUUUCCUUUGACUUUGAUUUUUUUUUUCGCGAUUCUAAAAUAAAGUUUAGCGUUUGGGAUUGUAUAGUAUAAGUAUUUGUAGUACGAAGCAAUCUUUUCCCCCA